GCUGCCCGCCCCUUCCGCCGCCGCCCUGGAGUUCCUGGCCCCAGUCCCAGCCCUGGCCCCUGUCGUCCGUGCCCUGCCUCUGAGUGGCCGCUGAGCGCGCGCGCUCACGACCCACAAGGACCCGCGAGCUCCGCCGCCGUGAUGAACAUCCGCAAUGCUAGGGUGAGGUGACGGGGAGCCAGCCUGUGCGCGCAGCGUGGGCGCCUUACCGGGUGAUCGUGUGCGCAUGCUACCGAGGGACCUGGUGCUGUGGCCCGGCACGUCUACGGCCGCCAGACUUUAAGGCUGCUGCUGCAACCUGCUUUCGACGUCUCGCGAUUUGCCACAUUUGCCUAAUGUCAGGACUGCGUUAAGCCAGCUGCACAACCUACGGGCGCUGUUGCUCAGUCCUGGAACUGCCCGAGGACCUGAUGAACAUGCAGCACUGCAACCUCCUCUGCCUGCCCGAGAACUACCAGAUGAAGUACUAUUUCUAUCAUGGCCUUUCUUGGCCCCAGCUCUCUUACAUUGCUGAGGAUGAGAAUGGGAAGAUUGUGGGCUACGUCUUGGCCAAAAUAUAUCUCUUCUAGGGAAGAGGACCCGGAUGAUGUGCCCCAUGGACAUAUCACCUCACUGGCUGUGAAGCGUUCCCACCGGCGCCUUGGCCUGGCUCAGAAAUUGAUGGACCAGGCCUCUCGAGCCAUGAUUGAGAACUUCAAUGCCAAAUAUGUUUCUCUGCAUGUCAGGAAGAGUAACCGGGCUGCCCUACAUCUCUAUUCCAACACCCUCAACUUUCAGAUCAGUGAAGUGGAGCCCAAAUAUUAUGCAGAUGGGGAAGAUGCAUAUGCAAUGAAGCGGGACCUCACGCAGAUGGCUGAUGAGCUGAGACGGCACCUGGAGCUGAAGGAAAAGGGCAGACACAUGGUGCUGGCAGCCAUGGAGAACAAGGUGGAGAACAAAGGCAACGUACUUCUGAGCUCCGGAGAGACCUGUCUGGAGGAGAAGGGCCUGGCUGCUGAGGAUAGUGGUGGGGACAGCAAGGACCUCAGCGAGGUCAGUGAGACCACAGAGAGCACAGAUGUCAAAGAUAGCUCAGAGGCUUCUGACUCUGCCUCCUAGAGCCUACCACUCCUGGUCCCAGCCUCACCCCAUGUGCUUUUACAAUAAAUGUUGCUCAGUGGCUUUGGGAAAUUUGUGAAUGUA